AUGCCCGGCCUGUACUGCCCCUCCAGCUGGACGCCGCUGCCCCUCACAGACUCCUGGGUCCGGGCCUGCGCCAACGGACCGUGCCUCAGCCUGCGGGCCCGGCUUACCUACCACAACCCGCAGCCGCAGCCGGUGGACGGCGUGUUCGUGUACCCACUGGCCGAGGCUGAGGUGGUGUCUGGCUUCGAGGCUGAGGCGGCCGGACAGCGCGUCUCCUUCCAGCUACAGAGCCGGCGCCGCUCGCAGGCCGCCUGCUGCCGAGCGCUGGGCCCCGAGUUGGGGGCCGCCACGCCCCGCCGCUGCGCGCAGGGUCAUCUUGUCUUGGAUCUGGCCCAGGCCCAGUCCAUGCUGGUGCUGCCCACAGGCCUUAUCGCUGCUUCUGGCACCAUGACAGUGACCCUGCGCAGCAGCCGGGAGCUGCCCUCAAGGCCUGAUGGGGUGCUGCAUGUUGCCCUGCCCACUGUGCUCACCCCACUGGCCCCGCCAGGCCCACCAGGGCCCCUCAGGCCUCCGGGGCUCUGUGACGACAGCCCCACCAGCUGCUUUGGGGUGGGCAGCCCUCAGGAGGAAGGGCUGGCCUGGGAGGAGAUGGCUGCCCCUCAGGACGUGUUCUCAGGCCCUGCCCGCUGCCCUGCCCCAUAUACCUUCUCCUUCGAGAUGCUGGUGACUGGGCCAUGCCUGCUAGCAGGCCUGGAGAGCCCCUCUCAUGCCCUGCGGGCAGAUGCUCCCCCUCAUGCCAGUUCUGCUGCCACCAUCUGUGUCACGCUGGCAGAGGGCCACCCCUGUGACCGGGCCUUGGAGAUCCUGCUGCACCCCAGUGAGCCCCAUCAGCCACACCUGAUGCUGGAGGCAGGAAGCCUACGCUCCGCAGAAUAUGAGGCCCAGGUGAGGGCCCGCCGUGAUUUCCAGAGGCUGCAGCGAAGGGACAGUGAUGGGGACCGGCAGAUGUGGUUCCUGAAGCGACGCUUCCACAAGGACAUCCUGCUGAACCCUGUGCUGGUGCUGAGCUUCUGCCCGGACCUGAGCUCCAAGCCUGGAUACCUGGGCACAGCGACUCGGGAGCUCCUCUUCCUGUUGGAUGGCAGCAGUGCAGCACACAAGGAUGCCAUUGUUUUAGCUGUGAAGUCUCUCCCGCCCCAGACGCUCAUCAACCUGGCCACUUUUGGGAUGUCAGUGCAACCGCUCUUCCCAGAGAGCCGGACUUGCAGUGAUGACACUGUGCAGCUGAUCUGUGACAGCAUUGAGACCCUGCAGGCUGCAAGUGGUCCCCCAGAUGUGCUGGCCGUGCUAGAGUGGGCCAUGAGGCAGCCCCAGCACAGAGCCUACCCUCGGCAACUGUUCCUGCUCACUUCUGCCUCACCCAAGGCCACCACUAUUCACCGAACUCUGGAACUCAUGAGGUGGCACAGAGGCAUAGCCAGGUGUUUCUCCUUUGGGCUGGGGCCUGCCUGCCACCAGCUGCUCCAGGGUCUGUCAGCCCUUAGCAGGGGCCGGGCCUACUUCCUGCGGCCUGGGGAGAGGCUGCAGCCCAUGCUGGUGCAGGCUUUGAGGAAGGCACUGGAGCCCGCUUUGAGUGACAUCUCUGUGGACUGGUUUGUGCCUGAUGCUGUAGAGGCGUUGCUGACCCCACGGGAAAUCCCAGCACUCUACCCCGGGGACCAGCUGCUGGGUUACUGCUCACUCUUCAGGGUGGAUGGCUUCCGACCUCGCCCACCAGGGGGCCAAGAGCCUGGCUGGCAGAGCUUGGGUGGGUCUGUGUUCCCAUCCCCGGAAGAAGUGCCAUCUGCUGCCAGCCCUGGCACAGAGCCGACUGGCACCUCGGAGCCACUGGGAACAAGCACUGUGUCAGCAGAGCUGUCUAGCCUAUGGGCUGCUGGGGACUCAGAGCGAAGUACUGAUGCUCUGACAGACCCAGUCACAGAUCCUGGACCCAACCCCUCCUCUGACACAGCCAUAUGGCGCCGCAUCUUCCAGUCUUCAUACAUACGGGAGCAGUAUGUGCUCACCCACUGCUCUGCCAGCCCUGAGCCAGGCCCAGGCUCUACAGGCAGCAGUGAGUCCCCAGGCUCCCAAGGCCCUGGCUCCCCCAAGGGUAGUGCUCCCCUGGAUCCACCUUCUCAGCAGGGCUGCCGCAGCCUGGCCUGUGGAGAACAUGCAGGCUCCCGCUCCUGUCCCCUACCUGCACCUCCACCGACUCCAUUCAAGGCAGGGGCUUUGAGUACUGAGGUGCUGGGACGUCGGCACAGGGUGGCUCUGGCUGGCCGAAGCCUCUCCUCCCCUCCAGGCCGGGCAAACCCAGUCCCUGGCCGACCAUGGCAGCCAUCUCUGGGUGCAGCACCAGAUGGGCCAGGCCCUGAGGCAAGCCAACAACUGGGACAGGGACUGGAUGACUCAGGAAACCUGCUCUCCCCAGCCCCCCUAGACUGGGACAUGUUGAUGGAACCACCCUUCUUGUUCACGGCUGCACCUCCCAAUGGGGAAUCAGCCUCUUCUGCAGUGCCACUACUGCCCCAGGCUCCACGCUGCCAUGUGGUGAUCCGGGCUCUGUAUGGGGAGCAGCCUAUGUGCUGGGAAGUGGGUGUUGGUCUGGAGACACUGUGGGAGCCUGGGGAUGCCUCACAGCCAUCUCCUGUAAGAGAAGCUGCCUGGGACCAAGCACUCCACCGGUUGACAGCAGCCUCUGUGGUCCGGGACAAUGAGCAGCUGGCUCUUCGAGGAGGGGCUGAGACCACAGUUGACCGGGGCCAUGCCCGGAGGUGCUGGCUUAGAGCCCUUCAGACCAGCAAGGUUAGCUUUGCCCCGUCCUGCUUCACCUGCCCUGUAGCUGUGGAUGCUACCACUAGGGAGGUCCUGCCUGGGGCCCUGCAGGUUCGAAGCUCAGAGCUAGCUGAGCCCCCAGGUACCCUGCCUGCCUCUCAGAGCCAUCUAGAUUCAGCUUCUCUGCCCACACUUGUCCACUCCAAUGAACUUCAGGGAGGCUGUCCCACAGGCGCCUGGUGCUCGGACCAAAAUGGCAAUUCCAAGACUGCUUUGGGGGACUCUAUAAUCCCCAUGGGAGGUCCUCACCGUCCACCCCCGCAGCCUGCCUCUAGGAUCAGUCUGGGCCGCCGUCACAGACUCUGCAGCCCCAACCCAGGCCAGCCCAGUGACAGCAACAGUGAAGGAAGCGACUACGACUACUUGCCCUUGGUGCGGCUGCAGGAGGCGCCAGGCUCCUUCCGCUUGGAUGCGCCCUUCUGCGCAGCUGUGCACAUUCCACAGGAGCGCCUGUGCCGCGCUUCACCCUUUGCGGUGCACCGUGCCAGCCUCAGCCCCACCUCGGCCUCGUCUCCGUGGGCACUUUUGGGCCCUGGUGUUGGCCAGGGUGACAGUGCCACAGCCUCCUGCAGCCCCUCUCCCAGCUCGAGCUCCGAGGGUCCAGGCCAGGUGGACAGUGGGCGGGGCUCAGACACAGAGGCCUCGGAAGGAGCAGAAGGGCUAGGUGGUACUGACCUGCCAGGCCGAUCCUGGGCCACAGCUGUGGCACUAGCCUGGCUGGAGCACCGCUGUGCUGCUGCCUUUGGCGAGUGGGAACUGACUGCAGCCAAGGCUGAUUGCUGGCUGCAGGCCCAGCACCUUCCAGAUGGCCUUGACCUAGGGGCCCUCAAGGCUGCAGCGCGGGGGCUCUUCCUGCUGCUGCGCCACUGGGACCAGAACCUGCAGCUCCACCUGCUGUGUUACAGCCCAGCAAACGUGUGAGGGGUUCUUGUUGCUGCUCCAGUUGGCGCCCCCAUAUACUCAAGUCACUGCCGCCCAGGGCCGGCCUCUCAGGUGCUGGGAA